AGUAUUUGAGAUUGUGUAUCAGUAACUGAAGUGCUUAAAAAUGAAACUCCUAGUCGCUCUUGUUCUUUCUGUAGCUUUAAUUAGCAGUGCUAGUGCAAAAGUUUAUACAAAAUGUGAAUUUGCUAGAAUAAUGUAUGAUUCUGGUUAUCCAAUGGAACAUUUACCAGACUGGGUUUGCCUUGCAAUUCAUGAAAGUGCCUUAAAUUCAAAUGUUGUUGGUGGUCCAAACACAAACGGAUCAUUUGACUGGGGAAUUUUUCAAAUCAAUGAUGGAUAUUGGUGUAAGGUUGGAUAUGUAGGAAACGAUUGUAACAUGGACUGCAACAAAUUGGUCGACGAUGAUCUUACUGAUGACAUUGCAUGUUCAAAGAUUGUUUACGCACGACAUGGAUUUACUGCAUGGAACGCAUGGAAGAGCAAGUGUCAAGGAUCUCUCGAUGCAUAUCAAGUCACAGAAUGUUUCUAAGUUUUCAAAAAAAAUCAUUUAUCAAUUAUAUUUUAAUAAAUGACAUUGACUUUCUGUACUGUACAUAUUAAAAAUAAUAAAAAACUGCUUCAC